AUGAUGACCGGCCAUCGUCUGGAAAACUGCCGCUCCUUGCACUUGAACGAGGACAACGGGCGCUUCGUGCUGCUCGCCCUCCUCGUCAUCAUCUACCUGCUGUGCGGCGCUGCGGUCUUCUCUGCCAUCGAGAGGCCCUCCGAGCUGCAGGCUCACGGCCGCUGGAACGGGACGCUCCGCAACUUCAGCGAGACCUUCAACAUCAGCCUGGGGGAGCUUAACUCUUUCCUGCGGGAGUACGAGGCAGCCUUCGCCGCUGGGAUCCGAGCUGAUGCUCUUAGACCACGAUGGGAUUUUACAGGGGCUUUUUACUUUGUUGGAACAGUGGUGUCAACCAUAGGUUUUGGGAUGACAACCCCUGUGACAGUUGCAGGCAAAGUGUUCUUGAUCUUCUACGGGCUCCUGGGCUGCGCUGCCACGAUUCUCUUCUUCAAUCUCUUUCUGGAGCGAAUAAUCACAUUGCUUGCGGUUGUCAUGAAAGCCGUGAGGGAGCGGCGGAUCAGAAACAGCGGCCUGCUCCCACCAGGGGUUCACCGGGACUUCUCGGCUUUCUGUCUACCUGGCUGGAAACCCUCCGUUUACCACGUUAUGCUGAUUCUAGCCCUAUCAGCCAUCAUCAUCUCCUGCUGUGCUUCGGCCAUGUAUAGCCCUGUGGAGGGCUGGACCUACUUAGAUUCGCUGUACUUCUGCUUUGUGACCUUCAGCACCAUCGGCUUUGGGGACUUUGUAAGCAGUCAAACUGCAUCUUAUGAGUACCAAGGUCUCUACCGGGUGGCCAACUUCUUCUUCAUGUUAACAGGAGUGUGCUGCAUCUACUCGCUCUUCAAUGUCAUCUCCAUUGUUAUCAAGCAGGUGCUCAACUGGUUGCUAGAGAAGAUGAGCUGCUUGUUUUGCCAGCGUUGUAAUAAGGCCAGCACCUUCCUGGGCAGACGUAACGCAAUCCGACCGGGUUCCAAGGGUCGCCAUCCGCCAUACGGACCGUGCGACAGUGACACAGAAGGCCGCAGAAUGUCCGGGGAGAUGAUCUCUAUGAAAGACUUGGCUGCUUCCAACAAGGUGUCACUGGCCAUAAUGCAGAAGCAGCUUUCUGAGUCGGCUAAUGGCUAUCCCAGGACGGUUUGUGGCAGCUCACGCCAAAAUGGUUUCUCCGGGGGAGUGGGAGCCCUAGGCAUUAUGAACAACAGACUGGCAGAGACCAGUAACUCCAGGUAGAGGAUAAACCCAGACACUGGAAGCAGCUUUAAGAAACACUUGUCAAGUCAACGUGUUAUCCACAAUACACAGGACUGUAUGGAUUAAUGUGGCUCGGAUUUCCACUGUGAUGAGAGGGAUCCUUGACUAUUAAACAUUGAUCAUCAAGCAGCAGGGUAAAUUACUCUGAACGAGUGACAACCACCAAACAAUUUAAAUAGGAUCUCUGUUUAUGAAGCAGUGAAAGCAUUUGGAGCAAUGUCUACUGUUUGUUUGAAUAUAUACUGUAUAUAUAUAUAAAUGACCAUAAUCAGUGGUGAUAUUAAUAUUUAAGAAAGAGUAUACUAACUGAAUGAUACAGCACAUACCAAUCUAUGCAUUAUACAUCUUGUGAAUUAUUUUUGCACCAUGUCCUAUACCUUCUUUUAACUUUAGGGUAUCUAAGAGUGGCAGCAAAGGAAUUUAUAAGCAUGAUGUAGCAGAUGUGUUGUCGCUGCACUGGGAGGGGCUUACAGUGUGUUAAACUAACAGGCAACAAGACAUCUUGCUGUGCUCGGUUGAAAUAAGUCUUUUUCUCGAGAGAGUCACUGGCCUUAUCAGCUCUGACCAUGUUUCUGUGUAAGAGAAAUACCUUUCAAUGUUUCCCUCUCACAGCUGCGUGUGGAAAGGAAAGCAAAUGUUAAAGACUUGCAAUGUAUUAAUUAAUCAGUCUUUGUACCGAGGAAAUGUACCUGUAUAAAAGAAUAAAUGAGCUGUACGUUUU